CAAAAAGACGACCUCACUCAUUCGGCCUACACUGCUGCCACGUUUUUCUUCCUCUCGGUGAGGUGCACCUUCAGACCCAUGGGCACCAGUGUGGGGGCGACGCCAGCGAUAACUGGGGGAUAGUCGGGGGGCAGCGACACGUCGAAGUCACGCAGCAGGGACGCAACCAUGACCUAAUGGAUAAGGCCACAGACAGGCGAGAUGGAAGGAAAGCACAUGAUAGGCGCUCAUGCAUCAGCCCGACCUACCUACCUGGGCUUCCAGCAGGGCAAACUUCUGACCAAUGCAGUUCCUGGGACCUGGGUCCAUCCAUCCAUCCAUCCAUCCACACACACACACGUACGUACUUGCCACCUGCGCUUCUCCUCUCGUCCAUCUCUCAGGUGUGUGUACCUGCUCCAAAGGGUAUGAAAGAGUGGGUGUGCCUCAGACCGCGCCGCGACGGCGUCUCCCCGUUGAACUCCUUUGCCGCCUCCCUGAGAGCGGCAUCGGCCCACCUCUCGGGCUUGAAGGUGUCGGGCUCAUCCCAGUAGGUCGAGUCGCGGUGGACGGCAUACGCACUCAGCCACACGAACGUGCCCUUCGGGAUCACCUGGGUGCCGACAUGGGUGCGCUUGGUGGCCACGCGGCCCACGAAGGGGACGGGAGGAUACAUUCUGACACACACGCAGACAGAAACACACACAACACAACACACAUACCAUACACCGUGUGCGGUGCGCUUUUGGGUGUGCAUCUGUCUGUUGCCUGCCUGGGUGGGGUUGCUGAAUGAGCUGACUGACCGUAGAGUCUCCUUGACAAAGCAUCUGAGAUAGUCGAGUCGGCCGAUGGCGUCGAAGGUGAUGGUCUCACCGGCCGGCACCACACUGUCGAGCUCACUCUGCAGACGAUCCUGUUUGUUGGUAAAGGGGAACCACACAACACACAUAAACCACACACGCAUCGCAUGUGUGUAGGUAGGGUAGGAGGUGAGGUUGUGCUCACUCACCUGGACGUCUCUCCUCGUCGCGAGGAAGUACAUAGCCCAGGUCACGACGGAUGCUGUCGUCUCAUGACCCGCCUGCAUUGCAAUGGGCGCACCGCACCGUACACACAUACAUUCACACAUACCUACACGUCUGUCUGUCUCCCCACCCUCCCGGAGACCCCACCAACAAAAAUGUGAGCGCUUCAUCGACGAUCAUCUCAUCAGGAAUUCCAUCCACAGCUAUCAGCUCGUCCAGCAGGUCCUUGCCGCCCUCGCUGCCUCUGCUCGUGUGUGUGUCCACCCCGUCCGCCCUCUCCUUGCGUCUGAUGACCAUCUCCUGUCUGAUCUUGGCGGCGAUCUGCUGUCGGUGAAAGCGCACGCCGCCGCCAGAGGGGAUGGGCAGCCUGCACCAGAGCGGCCCCACCAUCAUGCGACCGAGGAAGAAGGCCACAGGGUAGGCAAAGAUCCGCUGCCACGCCCACACCAUCCAGUCGUGGUCGAACGACCGCGAGAAGGCGCUGUCGAUGAUGAUGCUCAGAGUCAGCUCACUGACACACAUUCACACAAACACAAGCCAAGCCAAGCCACCAUCGACUGCAUCCUUCCUCCACACGUGGCGGUGUGCAUACCCGAGGUCAGCUCUGGUGCACUCGAAGGCACCCUUGUCCUUGAUGGUUUGGUGGAUCCUGUCGAGUGUCUGUUUGCAGUUGGCGGCCAUGAUGACCGACACGUCCUUGAGGGCACUGCAUCCACACACAGGAUGGACAUCAGGCUCCACAGGUACAGAGUCGUCAUGGCUGAGAAAUGACCUGAAGUGGAACAUGGGUGUCAGGAGCUUCCGCUGCCGAUGCCACACCGCACCAGUCGACAGAGCCAACCUGCACGCGCUCACACACAGACAGACAGCCAGAGACUGGAUUUAUUCCUGGAGCCAGUGCGCCGUCUAUGUGUGUCGCGGGUGUCUGCGGCGGCUUCCACACCCACCCGUUGCCGAUGAUUUCCUUGAUGGCCGAGGUGGGCGGCUUGAUGAAGGUCUCGUUGUCUUCCAAGACGGCUGCAAUCAUGUCGGGGUCAUUGAUCGAUAUCGCCUGGCCGAGAUUAAACGAGGGGCCGAUGUUGACCACCUGCACACAAACACACAAAGACACAAAGACACGAGCACUUGUUAGCGUGGGUAUGCAUUUCCACGCCACCCUUACUUUGUGGAACCUCGUCGGAUCCUUCGGAUCUCUGGCGAACAAACACAGAGCACCGCGAGCAGUGCCAACCAAAGCAUGCGAGGAACUUCCUUCCUCCCUCCCCUCAGGCUGCCGACCUCAUUGCAUUGUAGAAGUCCGAGAAGUGUUGCCCAAAGGCAUCGACUAUCGGCAGCAGCUUCUCCGGUCGAGGCAGGUCCUUGAGGUCCUCCAGCUGGAUGAGGUAGCGCACACCCGCCCACAUGCACCGCACCACGCCGUAGCUGCCGACGCCGAUGGCCGCGUACUGCAGGGCCUUCCAUGUGUCCAACGUGACAGGUGGUCGGGAAUCACUCAUCUUGCCCAAUGUAUGAUGCAAACGGCGUGGCCUAUCCGCUUCUCCAGAU